UUAAAUUAAAAACACAUCUUUGCACUUUGAAUAUAAUGGCUUGGCUUUGUAAUGAAUAGGUUUAUCUAAGUAUGGCUCUUGUUGAUGGAUAUGGUAAAAUACUAUCCUGUUGACAUGUCAUUCUGAGACUUAUAAUUAUGAGACUAAGCCAAUUGGCCCUCUCCCGUCCAUACAUCAUAAUCUGAAACCAGAUGUUUUUCUGUCCACUAAGUGGGGCGUGGGAGCCUAUGGAACCCACUUACUUUCAUCACCUCCCUGUUUGCUGAUAAAAUAACUGAUGGAGCAUUGUCUCUUCUGACCACACUAGCUAGGACUGCUCUGCUCUUGACAUUGCACCUGAGGAUAGUGUAAUGAAUCCACUGAGCUAUAACAGGUCAGCAGAGGGCAGUGUGGUGAAUCUGCUAAGGGAGAAUCUGCUGCUGGUCUUCUAGUUCUAGAGUGGCGGAUGCUGGAUCAGCCAGUGAGGGAAGGUUCCAGCAGCUGGGAGGAUGGUUGGAGAUGUGGGGGAAUAGUCACUAAGGCAGCAGCUGAGGGCGACCGAACUGGGGUUCCUGGAAUUGCUUGUGCACAGUUUAAGAAUAACUAGACUCGUGUAGAUAAGAACAUGCACAUACAAACACACACAUCACGCUAUGCCUGACUCUGUAACCCUCAUUUCUCUCCAGCAACAGAAACUAGCCUCCGGCAAGGCCGCUGAAAUCACACACUGCUCAUCCGAGAGGCAGCCUUAUCCUAUCACACCCCUUUCCAGAGGGGUUUCUUAGACAGAAUGCUAGUUGCAUAGAGAGAAUCGACUAGUUUAUCGGCCUUCAACUAAUAAGAAGCUGAGAUGACCUCCAAACUUCAACAGGCAGAAUCCCAUAAGGCCGUUGCUUUGACUAGAUUAAUCUGUUAAGUUUACUAAAGUAGUGAUUUCCAGAUUCCUGUGAGUUUGAAAAGAAUGGACUCCAAUGCUGGAGCUGCUAGUCCUACUGGGCCCAGCCAUCUGGCAGUGGUGGAGACCUAGCAAUGGAUCUAACUCAGUUACUGAAGUUGUCAGACCCGUCAUUUAAAAACCAUCUUGCUAUGAGGAUGAUCCAAGAACUAACACUUCCUUGCAAAUUUCUUUGAUGUCCUCUGCUGAGAUGGAUGCUCUGCAUUCAGUUUGGAAUCUGCUAAUGACCUGGGAGUCAGGAGACCUGGGUUCUGGUUCCCGGUUCUGGUUCCCAGUUCUGCCAGACAUCGUGAAUGAACUUGGUCGAGUCACUUUACUACUUGAUGACUCAGCUUCCUCAUCUGUAAAAUAAUAAUGACUACCAUCACAGGGAAGCUGAGGUCUAACCAAUGUCUGUGCAUUGAAAGGUGUGGAAAAAGGAGAGUUUGUUAGUUGGUCUGAGCUGCAAUACUCCAAAACCAAUGUCUUUGAUUGAGAAAAGGGUGGCUGGAUUUUUUGUUUUUGUUUUUGGAGGGUACACUAAAUAAUAAUCACCAGUAUUUUACUGUGUGAGCAAAGAAGACUGCCUUUGCCAAUUUAGUCUGCCUGGACAGGGAAUAAAUCUGGACCAUGUCCUGCCAUAAUACUCCUACCACAAUCAGCACAUCAUAGGCUAGUGCUCUUGGUGAGUAGAUAACCCAAGAAAGAGGAGCCUUCAAAGAAAGGUGAUCUCUGGUUGGGAGGAGAAUGGGAAAUGGGCAUUGCUCUUUAAGAGUGUGGUCCACUGAGGAUGGGGUUAAGCAAUAUGGAGGAGAUAGUCUGGUUCAGACAUCCCAGAAGACUGUCUCACAUUCUGUGGUGGUGGUGGCAGUAAUGGGGUGGAGGUCCUUUGUCACUAAUUGAUAUCAAAGAACAGGGGGAGUUCAUAGCAUAUAGUGUUAUAAAAAGUCUCCUUCUGUAGUUCCAGGAUCUAAGGGAGCUCAACAAUUGAGAUGUUCUUUGCUUCUGUUUGCCAUUUUCCUCUGUGGCAGGGAAGUUGAGGGCUAUGGAGGACUCAUUGAAAAGCACCCAGAUUAUCCAAACUCUGCCCAUCCCCCAUCUGACAUGGAACUUCUCAUGUAUUUAUCACAAAAGGGUUUCCUUUCUUCAGAGGCCUGUUAAAGAAACCCAUUUAAAGAGACAUGGAUCUUGAAAGAAUCAUUCGAGACUCGCUGACAUGCUUCAUCCAGUCCCACAUCCCUGAUGCCGAUCUCAGCGGGAUGGAUGAAGUCUUCUUCUCCUACAUCGCUAGUGUCCUGGAAGAACUAGGCUCACCAGAGUCAUCCGAGGAGAACUUUGAUAUGGACAUGUUUGUGGAAAUGAUGGAGGCAUAUAUCCCUGGCUUUGCAGAAAUCAACAGCGGGAACAUUUGUGAAAUGAUGUUUGCCCUCUCGGAAAGGCUCAGUGAAGCUCGCAACAAAGGAAAGGUUUGCCAAAAGACUGUGGAGAGUGUGAGCAGUGCCCCUGCUGAAGAGCUGAACCAGAGUGAUGAGCAGGGUGCAGGAGCUUCUGAUGAGGGGAGGCUGCAUAUACCAGCAGAGGGAGCCAUGGCUCAGGGAGCAGAAGGUGACCUGAAGGAUGGGGUGGAGCUGCUCCUGGAGAUGUUCCCAGCCUGCACCCUCAGCCAGGCUCAGAAGGCACUAGCCAUGGCACUGGGAAAUCUGGACGAGGCGGUGCAGUUACUGGUGGAGGAGAAGGUGGAACCUGGCCCAGGGGGCGCUAACGUGAAGGAGACAGCAAGGCCCCGCCGAGCGCCCAAACAAGACGACCUCAAACAAUUUAUCUUACAGAAAUACAUGAUGGUGGACAGCAAGGAGGACCAGAAAACACACAGGCCGGUGCCACCAAAGGAGGCUCCCAAGAAACUGAUCCGCUACAUUGACAACCAGGUGGUGAGUACAAAGGGAGAAAGGUACAAAGACAUUAAGAAGACAGAGAGCGAGGAGAUGAAGAGAACUUACAUCAGCCUCAAGCCAGCCAAGAAAUACAAAUUCCACUGACUGACAUUCCCUCCAAGGCAUCUUCCUCUGCCUUGCUGGCUGAGGCAUGGCGGGACAGACCGGGGAGGCAGGAAGGAUGAGAGGGGCCUUCUACACUCCUCUGUCUGGAACUAACCUACCACUAGGAGCCAGCAUCAGCCUCUAAUUAUAGCAUGAUGUCCUCGAGGAGCCUGUUCAGCCACGCUGUUUGUGUAACCUUCCAAUCUGUACCUCCGCAGCAAGGAGCCAGCCAUCACCAUGGCAAAUUUGACCAACACAGCUGCUGUGUGUCCUGGACCUCUCUGCCAUUCCUUGCAUGGGGAUUCUUUUAUAGUUAAUGUGUGGCUAGUGCAGUUCACAGCCGUCUUUUUAAAUGUUUGUGCAAUGGUGUUUCUGUUGAUCGUGACUGUUAGUAAAGAUGGCGUGAAUCAGUGUG